AUGGCUCAUUUUAGGAUAAACAUGCUUCAAAAACGAUCCGUCCGUCGUCAAAUUGUUAUCGUUGGUGCUGGCAGUUAUGGGAUCGCUCUAGCUAAAGAAUUGGCACCGCUGGUAGAAUCUAUGGCCGAUGUUGUGCUGGUUUCAGACUCUGAACAAGUUAUCUUUCUACCAUCAUUGGUUCGAUUGGAUGCUCUUAAAAACGUUGCUAAUCUAUUCGUUGGUCUCGAGGGUCUUUUUGCUAAAACCAAGGUAAAGCUGGUCGUGGACCAUGUUGUCAACAUCACGAAAAGGGGAGUGCAAUUGGAGCAUACAGGAUUACUCCAAUAUGAUUAUCUGGUUAUUGCCACAGGUGCCGUUUGGGACAACUCUAUUUUACCUGCACCAACUUACAAUGGAGAUACAAAUAGCUUUCCCGGAGAAGCUAUUCAGGAGGCUAGAGAUAUUGUAAUUGCAGGUGGCGGUCCUUUGGGAGUGGAACUCGCUGGCGAGUAUGCAUCCUACUUUCAGGAAAAAUCUGUAACUCUAGUGCACUCCAGAGAAAAGUUACUAAACGAUAGUUACCUUGAUAAAGUCCGUGACAGAGCUUUCCUACAACUUCAUAAGCUGGGAGUAAAAAUAAUCUUGAAUAGAAGGGCAACGAUAAAAGAUCAAUCUGUGUUUUUAGAUGACUUCCAACUGAAGUGUGAUUACUUGAUCAAUUGCACAGGGCCAAAGGCUAAUCCACCGCCAAAUUCUUUCAAGAAUUUUGUUAAUGAUAAGAAUGAAAUUAUUAUUGGAACCAAAUUUAGAAGCUUGACAAAUCCACAAGUUUUUGCAAUAGGAGAUGUUACCAACUUCCCUCGGAAAGGAUUAGAACAUCGUGCAGCUUGUAUAAAAGUUGUUGUUCACAACUUAAGACAAGUUCUUAAAGGUACAUCGAGUUAUCUUAUCGUUAAGUGGAGGCCUGAUUUUAUGCCGUCAUCUGCCAUCAGCAUUGGACCGUCUGGAGGUGUGGGUCAACGGCACUCUCUAUUAAGAGGCGUCGUCAGUAUGGGGAAAAGACAAUCAGCAAAAGCCAAAAAGCAUGAGCGAUAUCCUCAACAAUUAGAAGAUAUGAUUUGUGGAGACUAUUAUCGCUUUGCAUUUGCUGGAGGGUGUGAUUCAGGGCGUGGAGGCACUGCCAAAGAUAUUCGCAAUAGUUGGAGCGAAGUAAAAGGUAGCGUUCGGCGCAGAAGAGGAGACGGAGGAGGAGGAGCAGGAGGAGGGGGGUAUGUAGGGUAUGGAGGAGACGGAGGGUGUGGAGGAGACGGAGGUGGUGGUGGUGGAGGGUGCGGGGGAGAUGGAGGUGGAUAA